AGUGCGCGUGCGCGGGCUUUCAUAGAUACAAAAUGGCGCUUAUGAAAAGACUUCAAAAGUCUGCCGUUGAAAUUACUCCAAUUGAUAUCACACAUAAUUUAGAGUCUUUGCAGUUUGAAAGUGCACUAAACGAUGAAGAGAAACAGCUACUUGCAUUAAGAAAAAGGUCACAUGCAAUGGUUGUGACUGCUUGCACUCAAGCUACGUUUUUCGCGAACAUACUCCAUGAGGCAAGGCAAAUAAAAAAACAAAUGAAGAGUCCACAAAAAAUGACAGCAAAGAUUCUGCAAGACAAAGAAGCUAGGGAUCCUCUCAAAGUCGGCAUCAUUGGAUGCGGUCGCCUUGGCAGUCAGUUAGCCCACUGUCUUUUGACCUAUGGAAGGGUUAAUCCUAAAGACAUGAAAGUAUCGACCAGAAGACCAGAGACACUAGAAUACUUGCAGAAUAAAGGUGUUGAUUGCUUUCAUGACAAUAUCAAAUUAGUGUCUUUAUCCCAUGUGGUAUUUAUUUGUGUUCUACCAUCUCAAAUUCAAGUAAUGGCAGAGGAAAUAAAGGAACACAUUUCUGGACACACCAUUCUCUAUAGUUUUGUAGCUGCAUACUCACCCCAAAAGUUGAAGCAGAUUCUUCAGACUAAUCAAAUUUUAAAACCAGAUCUAUCAUGGAAUAAAGAAAGUGAACAAAAUUCAUGGGACUGUUCAGAAAAUGUCAACACUGCAUUAGAAAAUCCAGUCACAGUGGAAAAGACUUGCCCAUUUGGAAACCUAAAAUCAGAAAGUGUAAUAUUGACCAAUGAGAAGUUUGGAGAACUGAUGAUAUUUGCCCUUCUAAACAUGUGUACAAGCCUGCGACUGAACAAGUCUGACUGCCUCUCCAUUCUCAACUUGACGCUCUUUGGAGGAAUCUCCGAAGAUAAACUUCAAGAAUCGGACUUCAUUAAAAAGACUCAAGACAGCCAUGGUGUUUUCCCUAAGUUUGAUUUGGUGAAGAUAUCUCAGAUUAACACUUCAGUGCAGAAACGUGUGUCAUCCAGUGAACAUUUACGAAAAGCUUUCAUAAACAGAUAUAUGAUGAUGUUUGAAGAGUACUUAAAAAGGAGGGCACUGCUUGGGCCAGACAUGGAGGAGUCUUGAUGAACACUUGAUGCGGUCCUUUAUCUGUGAUAUUUUUGUACUGCUUUACACAUGUGACUAAAAAAGUAUUUAUUUCUGAACCAAAUAAACUAUUCAGAGUACAAUGUAUGACAUUUGUAAUUCAAAAUACACCUGAAAAAGUUAAAAUAGAAGGUAAAAUGU